AUGUUGCAUCUUCCUUUUUCUAGCGGUUACUAUGUGGAAGACAUUUCUUAUCUGGACAGAAGUAUUACCAUUAUGGAUAUGAAUGACACCACAUGCCCAAUACAGAGUCUUCUCUCUCUUAACCUCACAGACUCCAAAUUCUCCCUCCUUUAUAGCUACUACAAUCAGAUGUACGCUUUGUGGAAUUGUUCUACGAAGAUUAUAUGGAAUUCUGCACUAGGGCCGUUUGAUUGCAUGACUGAUGAGCGAGGUUUUGUUUAUGGCAUGACAUACGACUGGUCAGUCGACUCGAGGCCCCCAGUUUGCAGCAUGUAUAAAACUGUUAACAUUUCGAUUGAGUUUUGGUAUCAAAAUAAUCAAACUAAAAAGAUAGUUAUAGAAUGGGAAGCCCUUGACGGAUGGUACGACUGCGAAAAAUCAGGGAACUACUGUGGCUUCAACACUACAAGCAAUUCAACGAUCUGUGUUAUAAACCAACUCCAGUGGAACCCAGCAGAGAGGCCUUCCAUGUCAAUGGUAUUACAAAUGCUAGAAGGUGAGUUCAAGAGCUUGGAGAUUCCUCCAAAGCCCUUCGUUUCUUCAGAUGAGGAAAUGGAUGGAAAUUGA